GAGAGGUCGCGAGGGAUGGUUGCGGAAGAGCUUUGCGAUCGUGGCCUCGGCGCUUUGAGAGGGCGCCGGGAUGGACGAGGACGGGUUGCCUCUCGUAGGUUCGGGCAUCGACCUGACCAAGGUUCCAGCUAUCCAACAAAAGAGGACAGUGGCAUUUCUAAACCAAUUCGUUGUUCACACAGUUCAAUUCCUUAAUCGAUUUUCAACUGUUUGCGAAGAGAAAUUGUCAGCACUUUCCCUCCGUAUUCAGCAAAUUGAAACUAUGCUCAAUAUUCUGGAUGCAAAGUUAUCUUCUGUGCCUGGCCUAGAAGAUGAGAUCUCAAACACCAGUGUUAUGAAUGGCUCUGUCUCACAAACAUUGAUAGAUCCACAGACAACAAAUGUAUCGCCUAACCUGGAGACCAGUGUACCUGAGUUGGGGCAACAGAGGACAGAUGGAACUGGUGAAAAUGUCACCACUGUAGCAAAGGAUCCACGCUAUGCCAGAUACCUCAAAAUGGUUCAAGUGGGUGUUCCUGUUAUGGCAAUAAGAAACAAAAUGAUUUCGGAAGGACUAAACCCAGAUCUUCUUGAAACACCAGAUGCUUCAGUGCCUGCAUGGGGAGAUGAGACAAAUGCAGGAGAAAGUUCUGAUAGUGAAUCUUCAUUUAGUGACUAAUGUUGUGGGCCUCGGUGGGAGAAUGUUUAACUUUUCCUUAAAAGCACUGUCUAGUCUGUCUCUGUUAAAUGCUGAUGUACAAACUUUAAUAUGAUUUCCUGAAUUUCUUGAGCCAUAUGAAGUAUUCUUUAAAAGCAGCAGCUUUGCACAGUAGUAUUUGCAUCACCUUCUACAGAAUUUAGAAUGAAAGCCUAGUUAAGUGAAACUGUCACAGAGUGCUCUUAUGUAACAUGUGGUGACCUUAACUUGGGUAAAUGUUGCUCUAAGGAUAUUCAGGGUGAAGCUGAAGAUGGGAAUAGACACAUACCCUUUUUCCAACUAAAUUCUGCCACCCUGCUCAUUCUUUUGAUAAUUCAUAAUCUUGUAAAUUACAAGGAUUAUUUUUAUGUCCCUUCCUGGCAACUGUUCAGAAUUCAGUGAAUGCUGAUCCGUUGUUUCCAUGCUGCAGGAGAAUUCAAAGCACCAUAUUCUGGCAUUGGGUUAGGUACACACAUUCUGUUUGUUCCAUGGUCUAAGAGUUGAGAAUGGGAAUAGGAGUGACAGGAAGGAGGACAGAGGACAAGAGAAUGGUGUCUGUUUGAAAUGAACGGGCAUCAUUUUGUUCAGGGUAAGCUACUAGAUGUUGUUAUACAGCCCUUCAUUUUUUUUCUUAGAGGAUCCUGUUCCAGCCAUUUGCAAAUGUAAAGUUUGGAUAAUAGAAUUGUAUCACUCUUACCCUGUUUGGCAAAGCAUAUGUGGUCUCUCAUUGAUUUCUUGUUUAGAAUUUUCUUCCUGAGCAUUACAGUAAAUUCAGUACAUAAAAGAACAGUUAUAAAAAAUGAAUAAAUUCUGAACACAACUGGAAAGACAAUUUCCUAACUUUGAAUGUGAUAACAAAGUAAUUGUAAAUUGAAGUGGUGGUGUAACUAAACAACCCACAAUAUUGCCUUGUUUUGAAAGGCAGAUACAGAAAUGCUGCCAUUUACCCACCAUUUGUUUCAAAACCUAGUAGUUUCCUUAUAGAGAAACUUGGUAAGAAGAGAAUAGAGAGGAGAGAUAGCCUUCUAGAUAUUUUUUUUUUAAAGAAAAAAAAUGCCAGACCCCUUCAUGUGUUAAACAAUGCAUAUAUUUUCAGAGUUUGGUCAGUUUCAUCAGUAAUCUUAAUCUGACUAAAGACCAUUUCACAUGAUAGAUUUUGAGUAUUCUGUAAAUGUGCAUAUAUGAGCCACAUUUCCACAAGGCGCUAAGCCAGAAUUUGAGGAAAUGCUAGCUUAUUAUUGAGAAGCAAACAUACUUGAUACACCCUGUCUCCAAUAUUUUGUUGUGCUCUGCUUCUCCCAGUGAUAGAAAAUGGUUUCAGUACUAUAAUUGUCUCUGAGCUGGAAGUCCUAAUUAGUCAUUAAAAGUAUAGUCUGUAGUUUGAAAUUGACUUACAAUUCCUAGUUUGUUUGGGAGUCUGGUUGAAAUCUAUCCUUAUUCUUACCACUGCUAAUGCAUUUCUGGUUACUGAAGCAACUUCUGUGAGCAAGAAAAACCAAGAAUCAGCUGGUGUGCUGUAACAUGCAUAUGAACAAAAAUCCAAAAUAGUUUAUCAUUUUUGUGUUAAUGUGUCUUCACUGGAACAUUUGAAAACAGCACAUUACUAUUGUUCCAUUCCAUCCGUCCUUAUCAGAGGACUGCUGUUGGCUGUGGCUUUUUUACGUGCAGUAAAAUAAAUGGAUUGAAGCGGCCCUCUUCCCACACCACCCGCCUGAGUUUCUUCAAGGUGUGCUAACAUGUCCUGUAUAUAACAGAAGCCAAGAUGGCCAUUAUGUAACAAUAUCCACAUUCAAGGAAUCUCUGAAGUAUGGUCUUCUUGGUCAGCAGAACUGCAGUUGCGGCUGUGAACAAAACAUCCAGACCAUUCAGUCUUGGCUGGAAGUGCAACCUAUUUCAGAAAAGAUCAAGGCAUCUUGUUUCAAGCAACAGAUCUAAAAGUGUAACCUGGGGAUAAGUUUAUAUAAACUAGUAUUAUUCUUUGAAGUAGUAAAUACCUUCAAACUGAUCAAUUCUUUUUGCCAUGCUGCCUAAUACCAUGCACAUUAUAUCCUAUAGCACCUGGAACAUAACUUUGUAUUAUCUGAAAAUAAGCAUUUGUAAUUAAAAUUAUGUUUUGUAAUUUAAAAUGGUGGUUCUAUUGCUAUACAUAGAUUUUGUUUGGAAAUAGCAAGCAAAUGACACUGGAAAAUCAUAAUUUAAUUCUCAAUGCUUAAUUCAUUUGUUUCUAUGUUACAAUCAUAUUUGUUGUGUGUUACUUCUUUUACACUUUUAGAGAAUCACCUUUAAAAUGAUUUACAGUGUAAAUGUAACAAAACCUGUGUGUUUGUGUGUGUGUAAUAUAUAUCUUUUAAGAAAGUCUUAAGAAGUGAACCCCUCUGUUCAAAGAACAGUGAUCAGAACUCAUUUGGCCAUUAAAAUACAAAACUCAGGUUCGUAGCAUGGAUUUAGCAUGUACAAAAGGUUGUAACAAGAUAACCAGAAUACUCUCUACAACAGAAUUGUGGUAUUCCAGAAAAAUGUCUUAUCUUUGCAUAGUGGCCUAUCUGAUCUGUUAAAAUGGAAGAAACUGGAGAAGAGAUGAACUAAACUUUCUUGGGGGAUCUUUGCCUAACACUUUUUAGACCAGGGGUUCUUAACUUUCUUGGGUCAUGGGCCUCUUGGAAAAUAU